UGAAGUGAUAAAACACUCUCAGUGAUUUUGAUGCAUCGUCUUCUUCUUCAGCCUUAACCGUGACUCUCCCCGUGUCAGAUCUCGUAUACCUUCUUCUUCAGCAGCAUCUCUCGCGUCGAGAUUCGCCGGAAUGAGCACACCGGCGACGGGGGCGAGAUCGGGGCGGUCGGCGAAACCGCUGGGCGCGGCGGCGAGGUCGUCCUCUUCCGCCUCCGCUUCUCUCUCCUCCCAUCUCGCAAUGGUGGAGCUGAAGCAGAAGAUCCUCACUUCUCUCUCCAAGCUCGCCGACCGGGAUACUCACCAGAUCGCCGUCGAAGAUCUCGAGAAGACCAUACAGUCUCUCUCGCCGGAAACCCUACCGAUGCUCCUGAACUGCCUCUACGAUUCCUGCUCCGAUCCGAAACCUGCCGUGAAGAAGGAGAGUCUCCGCUUACUCUCCUACGUCUGCAGCCUCCAUACCGACUCGACGGCGGCCCACCUGACGAAGAUUAUCGGUCAGAUUGUGAAACGGUUGAAGGAUUCCGAUUCGGGAGUCAGGGAUGCUUGUCGCGACGCGAUUGGUGCGCUUUCUGGGAUUUAUCUGAAGGGCAAGGAAGAGGGGAACAAUGUCGGCACGGCCUCGUCGGUGGUGGGGCUGUUCGUGAAGCCAUUGUUCGAAGCAAUGGGAGAGCAGAACAAAGCGGUGCAAUCUGCUGCGGCGUUGUGUAUGGCUAAGAUGGUGGAAUCUGCUGCUGAUCCUCAGGUUGCUGCUUUCCAGAAGCUUUGUCCUAGAAUCUGCAAGCUCUUGGGCAAUCCAAAUUUCAUGGCCAAGUCUUCUCUUUUACCUCUUGUUGCGAGUUUGUCUCAGGUCGGAGCAAUUACACUUCAGAGCUUGGAUUCGUUGCUCGAAAGCAUCCAUGGAUGUCUCGGAAGUACAGAUUGGGCGACACGAAAGGCUGCAGCAGAGGCCUUGAUUGCCUUAGCAUUACAUUCAAGCAGUUUAGUUAAAGAUAAAGCUGAUUCCACUCUCACCACGCUCGAGGCAUGUCGUUUUGACAAGAUAAAACCUGUCAGGGACAGCAUGACUGAGGCAUUGCAGUUGUGGAAAAAGAUUGGUGGAAAAUGUGUAGAUGGUGCAGUAGAUGAGCAAAGCCCUUCAUCUGUUGAGCAGCUUGGCUCUGAAAAGAUCGGGGAGGAAAGAUCUAACCUAGCCGAUCUGAUGAAGAAAGAGGCACCUGAUGGUUCCAUACUCAAUCUGGAUUCUAGUUGUAAAGGCAAAGGAGGUAUUCCUGAAAAGGCAGUAGUGAUGUUGAAGAAGAAAGCACCCGCCUUAAGUGACAAAGAGCUUAACCCAGAAUUUUUUCAAAGACUCGAGCGAAGGGGAUCUGGUGAUUUGCCUGUGGAAGUUGUAGUUCCUCGUGGGAAUAAAAAUGUUUCCAACAUGAACACUACGGAGGAAUCUGGACAUAAUGAUGUUGAUAUGAGAAGUUCAAAUCAUUUUAAAGAUGUUAAGGUGGGUGACCAUGGAUUUCCAAAUUCCAAGUUCCCAAGUUUUGAGACGACAAGUAAUAAACAGGCAGAAAGAAGAUUUGAUGGGAUGGAAUCCCGGACAGGCACAGCUGGUGAGGCCAUUGCCAAGGAUAGUAUGAACCAAAAGGAUACAUCCACAAAUCAUACUACAGUAUCAGAUAUCGACAGCCAAUCUGAAGGAUCCCUUGGAAAUAAUAGAGGAAAUUGGUCAGCCAUCCAGAGGCAGUUAUUGCAGCUGGAGAGACAACAGGCUAAUCUCAUGAACAUGGUCCAAGAAUUCAUUGGGGGAUCUCAUGGCAGUAUGGUGACUUUAGAGAACAGAGUAAGGGGUUUAGAGAGGAUUGUUGAAGACAUGGCGAGGGAUCUUUCGAUAUCAUCAGGGAGGAGGGCAAACCUCCCAACUGGAUUUGGAAAAUACGGUGGCUUCCCUAAUUAUCCGACCUCAAAGUAUAACGGCCGAGCCCCAGUAGGAGACAGAGGUUCCCACCCUGAUGGAACUAUGAGGGGAAGGACAUGGACAUCUGACAUGGCAGAUGAUUGGAGCAUACCUCCUUAUGCUGCUUCUAGAAACGGGUCAAGAAGAUCGCCUAGAUCUGAACACGAGAAUGAUCACUUCGGAAAUGGGAGGAGAGGCUGGAAUAAAGCAGCUGGGUCUGUCAGAUUCGGGGAAGGGCCUUCAGCGAGAAGCGUGUGGCAAGCAUCAAAAGAUGAAGCCACUCUCGAAGCAAUCAGAGUGGCUGGGGGGGGGGGUGGUACGAUCACUCGACCAGCUCGUGUGGCCGCUGUUCCUGAAGCCGAGGCCAUGGCAGAAGACGAAAACGGGUUGCAGGAACGAGACCCGAUAUGGACUUCUUGGAGUAACGCAAUGCACUCACUCCGUGUGGGUGAUAUGGAUUCGGCUUAUGCUGAAGUUCUCUCCAUAGGUGACCAUCACCUCCUCAUCAAGCUGAUGGACAGAACAGGUCCUGUUAUCGAUCAGUUGUCCAAUGAGAUCGCUUGUGAGGCUCUGAACGCCAUUGCACAGUUUCUCUUGGAUCACAACCUCUACGACAUCUGCUUAUCUUGGAUCCAACAGCUCCUGGAAGUGAUUGUACAAGAAGGACCAGACGUGUUCGGAGUAGCAAUGGAGUUGAAGACAGAGAUCUUGCUUAACUUGCAAGAUUCGUGUGCGACAAUGGAACCUCCUGAGGAAUGGGAGGGUCCUCCUCCUGAACAGCUCGUAAUGCAGCUGUCUUCGGCUUGGGACAUCGACCCUCAACAUUUCGACAAAUAAAUCGAUCAAUCACUCCACCCACUGUUCUUAUCUAACAAUGGAUAUUUUCCUGUGUUUGUCAGACUUUCAGAUGAGUUGAUGAUCAAAGUGUACUGUACCUGUACGGUACUUCCACUGUUCUUACCGAACAAUGGAUCUCUUAUCAUGUCGUGUUCUUAAAACCGUAUAUAAGAUACUGUAAGAAAACAAAAAGGUUUCUUGAA